AUAAAAAGAACGAACGAAAUUCUCGUGCGGAAAGUGACUUUUCAGUGUUUGUGUUGGCCUGGGCGGAAGAAGACAGAAAUAAAAAAAUUAGAACAAAAAAGCUCCUCAAAACAUUUCCAAAGGUUCCAAACCAUAAACGACGGCGAGUUCAUCAGGAGCAUCACCACUACUACCACCACCUCUUGGUCCGUCCGUUUGUUGGUCAUUGGUCAGUAGUGGCAGCAGUUGCACCACAAUGAAGCUGGAACCCCCCGUACCUGUUCCGGUCGACUCGAUCCUCUCGUGGGGUUGCGGCGGAGGCGUAGGAGCAGACGACGACGACGACCUCCUCAACGGCAAGUUCAAUUCGUGCGACAUGGCCGACUCGACGACCGGAAGCAGUUUGCACGAUCACCUGCAUCACCAUCACAACAGCAAUUCCCUCUCCGGCGGAGGCAGCGGAGGUGGGCAGCAUCACAGCAUGGCCGGAGGCAGUUCGGGUAACAUGUUGAGUUGUGGAGGAGGCAGCAGCCUGGCAGGAUCCGGCGGCCCAAUCAAUCAGAGCAAUAAAGCCACCUUGCUCUCCCUGGACAACCUGGACGGGCUCCUCCUGUCCGGCGCCACUGUCCUGACGACGCCGACGACGCCCGGACCCGGUCCUGGCGGAGGGCAUAGCUUCGCAGAGUUGAAACCCUUGGCGCUUCCGCCUUUCGAGUACGGAGGCGGCGGAAGCAACGGCGGCAACAAUCUCUCCCUGGACGGCUCCCUAAACAGUUCCGGGUCCAGUCACCAUCACCACAUGGGAGGAGGAGGAGGGACGCGAACGAUCCUGGACAUUAACCUCAACCUGUACAAAGCCAGUCCGUCUGGCAACAACAACAAUAACAAUAAUAAUAACAACAACAACAACAACAACAACAAUUCGGGCAACAACCUCAACUACUACGGUGGCGGUGGCAGUGGUGAGCCCGUGUCGACGACCACGUUGGUCAACGGCCUGGUCAGCGUCGGCGUAGUCAAGGCGGAGAGUAUGGCCGACUACCUGAUGAAUCCGGAAAUCGACGACAUCGCCGCCAUCAUCGGCAACGCCAUCGCCGACAGCACAGUGGCCUCGGCGUCGGCGUCCACGGGUGGCGUCGGAGUCGGUGGUGGCGGAAUGGGCGGCGGAGGAGUGAGCAACGUGGCUGGCGUGGGUCUGGGCGGAGUUGAAAGCCUGGGCCCGGACAUCCGCGAUCCCUGGGCAGAUAUCGACGCCUGGAUCGAGAGCGCCUGUUCCACCGUCUACAAGCACGAGCCCAUGCUGGAGAGUCCGGCCUCUUCGGUGACUUCCGGCACGUCGCAUUCUUCACUGUCUUCCGUCAGUCCGGCCUUCGCUCAUCCAUCGCAGCUUCCGCCCAUGAGCUCCUUACAGCCGCAACAGCAACCGCACAACAGCAGCUGUAGCGUCAGUUCCACCCUGCAGGCGCUCCUGAGUCAAGGAGCGGCGGCAGCCGGAAGCGUAGCCUUGGCUCACAUGAGUCAAGAUCCUUCCGGCGGCGGAGGCGGUCAGAACAACCUCUCGGUGAAAAGUGAGCCCUCCAUGGACAUGCCCCUGCUGCAGCGGAGGUUGACGGCCGGCCGAGAACCGAACCUGAACAACAGCGGAGGUAACAACGGGCCCAUGGGCGGAUUCGUGUCUUGUUCCAUGGCUGGCUCAUCCAACAAGGAGCUCCAGCAACUGCCACACACAACCUUCCACACGGGUCCCACUCUUAACCACGUGACGACGUCCCAGUUGCCGCAUCUCGGUGGAGGUGGCGACUCGAGCGGAUGUCACUCCAGCAGCUAUCCAGCCACGGCCCGCCGGUCGACGGCUGUCAAGAGCAGCAGUAGCGGCUACAACAACAAAGAUUUAAGCGAUCUCGACGAUCCCAUGAGCGGCGGAGGUGGAGGCAGUGGUGGGACGGGCGGUGGCGGAUCGGGUGGUCGGUCCAAGCACAAGAACCGCUCGGGCAAAGCCAAGAUGACGACGGUGAUGACGACAGACGGAUCAGGAAAGGAGAAACCCGUUCACCGGUGCAAUAUCUGCAAUCGGGGAUUCCUCAACAAGUCCAACAUCAAGGUCCACCUUCGUACCCACACCGGAGAGAAGCCCUUCAAGUGUGACGCCUGCGCCAAGGCGUUCCGUCAGAAGGCCCACCUGUUGAAGCACAUGCAGAUCCACAAACGGAUUACCAGAGACUGACCUAUAUUUUUAGAAUUGUUUUUUGUUUCGAGGAGAAAACACAAUCGAAUAACUUACUGUAUAGCAAUCAAACAUUAUUCAUCCCCCACAUCAUCAGGCAUUGAAAGAGAUUAUACUUUUCGUUCAUUCCUUUUAUCCCUCCCCCCCCCUUUCUCCAGAGAUAUAUACCUAAUAUAAAUGUGAGCAGUGUGACGAUUAUUCUUGAGAUGUGUGUGUGGUGUGUGCACCAGGAUGCAGAGACAACUCGUCAAAUCAGGCUUCCCGGUUCCCAAACUUCCAAACAACUCAUGAACGUGGUAGUGUACAAAAUAAGUUUUUGAAAUGGCUGUUGUGUCAUGUCGUGUGUGUCCUUUCCGUCCGCCCACCGACAGCCCAAACGAGUUUUGGCCUUAUGUAAUUCAUUCCUGAAACGUUGCAAGAACAAAAAAGUUUGAAAAAAAAAUUCAUUCGAUUCAGGUCCUAUAAAAAGAAAAACCAAUUUAAUUUAUUUCCUUUUACCAAAACGUGUCACUUCCUUUUGCUCCCAUUUCUCUUCUGAUACGACCCAUUCGGUUUCAUUAAACAUUUUUGUAACGAAAGAAAACAAAAAAAAAGACGAAAGAAAACAAAAACGUGACACGAAAAUUUGAUACCCAGCACACGAGUUGGAAUCAUCAGAGAAAUUGUAUCCCGCCACACCGGAAGAAUUCUCGUCUGCUCUCUCGCGGUGCUGUCAUGUUGCCCUAAAAAAUAAUAAUUUCCAGAAAAUUCACACACACACACACACACACACAACGUUUUCCCUCCACUUCUUUUUUUUUUCCCUGAUUAAAUCGUGUGUUUUUGUGUACAUGUUCAUUUUGCAUAUAUUAUAUACAGAGUAAAAAAUAAUAAGAAAACAACAAUUUUUUGGUGUGGGUCUGACUGAUGCGUGUGCUGUUUGUGUAUGCUUUUUUUUCAUUUCUUUAUUCUCCCGAUAUUUUUUUUUUUCCUUUUCCUUCUUCGUGACACUCGUGCAAUUUCCGAACGAUGUUCUCGAGUGACUCCUUAUAUAUAUAUAUAAUUUGCAAUUAUUAUUAUUUUUUUUUUUGGAAACGAUAAAAUACAGAAGUUGAACGUC